AUGGCACGCCCUAAUUUUGAUGCUCUCAGAGACUCACAUAACUCGGCCAAUGAUUUGCUCCAUUCGCCACUAACCAAGCAAUCUCUUGUCCACAAUCAACAAGAAAAUUGGGUUCAUCAAGUUUCAGAAGCAUCACUGAGAAUGUUGGAAGUGUGUAGCAACACCAAAGAUGUCCUUCUGUUUGUCAAAGAUCACCUUCAAGACCUUCAGUCUACAUUUCGUAGGAUAAGCAUAGGCAAGACAGCCGUAGAAGGUAAAUUUGCAGCUUACCAUCACCACAGGAAGAGGUUGAAGAAAGAAAUGUUGAAGCACUUGCACUCAAUCAACGGAAUGAAGAACAAAUACACUACCUCAGACCUCUUUCCUAAAGAAUGCAAUCUUACUGUGGUCGUUCACGUGCUAAAAGAAGUGAGGAUGACUGCUAUGUCUAUCAUUGAGACACUGAUGUCACUCAUGUCCAUGCCCAGCUCUAACAGAAAAUCAAAUAAAAGAUCCUUUGCACCAAAAUUCACGUGCGUAAACAGCCUGAGUUCCUGGGAAAAAAGUGACUCCACGGCACUCCAAAUUGCAAAUAAAAGAUUGGAGGCCGUAGAGAUUGCCAUUGAAGAAUUUGAAGUUGAGUUAGAGUGCAUAUUCAGACGCUUAAUCCAAACAAGAGUUUCACUCCUUAACAUCCUCACCAGCUAG